GCGCCGUAGCUGUGUUUUCCACUCAGUCCCACCAGUCGCCGUCGCGUUACGUCACGAGAGCAGUUGUAGAACUAAAGUUGUUGUACUACUAUAUCGCUAAACGGUGAACGGUAAAUAUUGGGAAGAGUUUUCCUGGCUUCAAUUUUCCUUUGCAAUCGCCCCCACCAUCCUUGGAUAUUUGGGUAUUUCGGGAAAGAAAGAAAACACAUGUGUGUGUCGCCACAGUACAGUGUGUUUUGGUUUUUCUCGGCCGCCCAAGUAGACGGCGCGUAGUUUUUCACUUUGACGGGAGUUUUCCUUUCGGUCGUCACCUCACACUCAUUUCUAAUUGUGAUUCGUAGGAAGUAAGUUGUCUAGUGCAAAAUAUAUAUUCAAAUAAAAUAGUUAUAAAUCGGAACACACAACAAUAAAAUACAAGCAAACACCACCAAAUAUCGGAAAAGAAAAUAAUAGAAAAGAGAGCAAAUAAUAAAAUUACGAAAGAACCCAAGAGAAUAUCACGCUAAAACCCGUCAUCCCAUCGUAUUUGGUCUUCUGGUUCUUGUUCAUCACCAACGUCCGUUAAGAACCACGCAUCGAUAUUGAAUAAUCUGUGGAUAUUGAGAUACAUAUACACGUACGUAUCGUAUCUAGGAUAAACGCUCACCAGCACGGAUAUUAAUGAUACGCAACGGAUGUAACUGUAAACUGUGUCCCCUCUCACGUAAGAAGUAACGUAACGCAGCCUGUGGAAACAACGUAGCUUCGACGCAAUCGGGAAAAUCUCCACGGAGGACGCAGCUAACGAUACCAAGAAUCAGCAAGAAGCACAACCAACUGUAUACAUGCGUGCUACAAGUAAAUCUGUAAAAGCCAUCUCAAUAGCCCCAGCCGUCGCAUAAUCGCCAUCCGAUCCGAUCCGAUACGAUCCGAACCGAUUCGAUUUGAGUUGAUAUAAUCCAAACUCGGCCGUACCAAAAAAAAACGCUACAAAUCGCAAAACAAACCGGAGCCGCUCGAUCCAGCGAACGGCAGCGACAAGAAGUUUUUUCGGCCAGCGCGCACCCCAAACUCCAGCAACAGCCUCAAGAUUCUGCCAUUCGGAGCACUCAACUUUCGUCCGGAGACGACACCCGCAGAGAUGCACAAGAUCGCAGCAGCGCCGCCUCCAUCGGCCACGCCCGGCGGAGGACUGGAGACGCCCCUGGCGGCGCCCAAAUACGGCACACUAAUACCCAAUCGCAUCUUUGUGGGCGGCAUCAGCGGCGAUACCACCGAGGCCGAUCUGACCCGCGUCUUCAGCGCCUAUGGAACGGUAAAGAGCACCAAGAUCAUCGUGGACCGGGCAGGUGUGAGCAAGGGCUAUGGAUUCGUUACCUUUGAGACGGAGCAGGAGGCGCAAAGACUGCAAGCGGAUGGUGAAUGCGUGGUAUUACGUGAUCGCAAACUGAACAUUGCACCGGCCAUCAAAAAGCAGCCCAAUCCUCUGCAGUCAAUUGUGGCCACAAACGGAGCCGUCUACUAUACCACCACGCCGCCGGCACCGAUCAGCAACAUACCCAUGGAUCAGUUCGCAGCCGCUGUUUAUCCGCCAGUUACUGACUUUACAGCCGCUGGAGUGCCAGCCAUCUACCCACCUUCAGCCAUGCAAUAUCAGCCAUUCUAUCAGUACUACAGUGUGCCAAUGAAUGUACCCACCAUUUGGCCUCAGAAUUACCAAGGUUAAAUCCAAAAAAAAAACAAAAAAGUAAACAAAUUUUCGUAGUCGCCAAUUUUUCGUUGAGAGCUGCCCUGAAUAAUAAAAUCAUACCAACAACUAAACUGCUACAACAACAACUACAACUGCAACGACAACUACAACUACAAACUACAACAAUCUGCGACAACAACAACAACUACAACAAUACCACGCUAUAUGCUAUAUAUGCCCCUCAACUCUGAUCGAACUGCAGCAGCAGCCGCACUCUUAGUUUAUAAUUUUAGUUGAUUACGAUUAUGUUAAUAUGCCUAUGGUUUAAUUUAAUUUAUGCUAAGUUUGGAGCUUUAGUUUUGGCCACACACACACACAUAAAAAAUAUGUAUGUACAUGUAAUGUAAAUUAGUUGAAUGCCAUAGCGAGGGAAAAACUAAAUUUAUAUUAUUUAAUCUUCGAUUUCUUUUGAUUGGACUCAUUUUUUUUUUUUCUGUUUCGGUUUUGCUUGCUGUAAAUAGCAGAGAAUGAAUGUAAAUAGUAGUAGUUGGCACCAAUCACUUUGCUUAUAAAAGUAUAUAACAAAUACCGAUAUAAAUCACAUAUAAAUUCCUAGGUAAUACAUAAGUAUGAAGUUUUUGCCAACAACAAUUUUUUCGAUUACUUUGUAGGAAUUUAUCCAUGUUAACUUUGAGGAUGCAACAGCAACAGCAACAAUAGUGAUGCUACUACUACUACUACUACCAAAACAACAACAAACAUGCAACAAACAUGCAACAAAGAGCCACAGCAACAAAAGUAAACUACAAAGCAUAAAUAGAAUUUAUAUAAACGCAGACACAGAAAUACACGCACCACAGCUGCAAUUUCGGAAAUGUUUAGUCAAAGGAAAUCGUAUUUUGAAGGUAGAAGCUCUGGAAGGACACUCACCCACACGCACAGACACACACAUACACGCAUACACGCAUACAAAUACAAUAGAGCGCAAGGAAACCAUUGCAAAAUGCUGUAAAGUAAGCUGCUUAUGUUAUGUUAUGUUGUGUUGCAAGUGUGGGAGCGAGAGCGGGAGUGUGAGUGAGUGUGUUGAGUGAUGGGGGAUAAAAUUUUGGUAGAGGAAACAUUUAUGAUGUGCAAUUAGCGGUGGAGCGGGGGAGGGGAAGCGGGGGAAGGGGCUAUAACCAUAGGGACAGGACUGCAGUGUGUGUGUGUGUGUGUAAAGUCAGCAAGUGAAAGACAGAAAAAUAUAUGUGGAGGCAGGAGAGGGGAACUUAAAACCAUAUUUAAACCAUACCAUGUAGGAAACAUCAUGCUGAACAUACAGAACUGGAUAAUACAGAUGCAGCAGAUGUGGGAGAAAGCACUCACGCAAACCAACAAACACCCACAAACACACACACACACACACACACAUGUGCAGGACGAACACACUUAUAAAUAUACUAUAUAGGGAAUAAACAAGUAAAAUUGCAUAACACACACAUAUACUAUAUAUGGUAGCUAAGAAAGCGGGGCAGCGAUCGAAGAUUAAAGACAUAAUAUUAUGCGUAAAUUAAUUUAUAUACAUAUAUACAAUACAUAUAAAGCGUAAAGUAACUGUAACUCGUAACUGUAACUGUAACUGUCCCACACAGACACAUACAGCAAUACAAAGCAAAAAGAUGAAUAAGCAAAGGAGACGACAAAGUCAAGCAGCAAAGCAAGCACACACUAAAACCUUCACAUAAACACACACACACACACACAGGCGCACACGCACGAGUCCUGGGCAGAAAGUCAAGGAUAAGUUAUGAAAAUUCCCUUAACUUUCCGAUCAGAAUUCGUGUAAAAGGCAAAGAAAACCUAACUUGUAAGCCAAGCAAAUGAAAACUGAACGAAAUUUUAGUCUAAAAGAAAACACUAAUGAAGGAAAAGUGAAAAUCAUGAAAUCUAGCCACAUAAGCCAAGCAAAAAGUGAACUAAAUACAAAAAGAAAAAAACCAACAAACAAAAACAAAAAACACUACAAUAAAGAUAUUCAAAAUAUGCUAGCUAAAAAGGCGACAAACAUACACACAACUCCCGACUAUUAUAAACGGGAGGCAUAUAUUAGAGAGACUAUUAAAGGAAAGCUAAACUCAAAGCUCUAGCGAAAAGAAAAUAGAUAAAAAAAAAACUCAAGCAAUACAUAGACACUCAUAGGUGUGUGUUACACAAGAAUAUAGUUAAAUAUAUACGAAAAGCAAGCAAACGUAAAAUAAAAUAAUAAUUUAAACUAAUGUACAAGCAAAAAAAAAAAAAAGCAAAACAAAAGCUCUGCGAAAAUGUUGAUUUAUAAUUUCUGUUUUUCUACACUCACUUAAGAUUCUGUUGUAUCUAUUGUUAUGAUGAUGGCAUCAAAACUAAUCAAAAACACGAACAAGAAAAGCGAGAUGUGUUAACCAAAAUUAUUUAAAGUAAUACGAACGCGAUGGCCAAAACAUUUGCGGGGGCAGCCGGCGACCUGCGAGCGAAUUCCAUUCAAAAUUGGUGCAUAAUUUGGCUGAAAUAUGAAAAUUCGAGAUAAAUAUUUACAUAUACGUAUAAUGCCUUAUUGAACGAAACUAAAUUAUUUGCCCACUAAAUACUGUUAUCGUAUUGUAAUAAACCAACCCAGAGGUUUCAAAAAUACCUGCUAAAAACAGAUGUCGCCGAGGUCGCCCACAUUCACAUCCCAAAAAAAUUACAAAAAAUACAUUGGUCGAGACUCGCUGCCGCCGCAAAUGGACUUCGCUGCGAAGUUGUUGACAAAUUUUUACUAAAUUGUUAAAUAGUUAAAUACAAAACAUUUUUAAAUCGAAUUGUAACAAUAAUUAGACAUGAAAAAUUACUCUUUGUUGAAACGAAGCAACACAAAAUGUAAUGUAAUGAAAUGGAAAGCAAUAAUUCACUUAGGCAUGCUCUAGUUAAAAACUAAACUAAAACUGAAAUCAAGUCGAAGAAGCAACAUAGAAACCACCAACCAACCAAGAGUACUUACAUGUAUGUCAGUCAAUAGGGAUUUUAUUUAGUUCGAAGGCCAGGAUUUGCCCACUGGGUUCAUCCAUCUACCCAGUUGAAUCCAGAAUCCAAAUUGCUGGGUGGAUGGUGAGGAACGGGAAUUUGCAGAGAUAUAUGGAAGGCCUAAUUUCGAAAUGAGUUAUUCAUUCACUCUUUUUCAACCAGCCAUCCCAUCCCAGCAAUUUAAUCUUCCGCAGACUAAUCAGACACAGAACAGAUCAUAACUAAUAAAUCCAAGGCAUAACUUAAGUAUAUACGUGAUAUUUUGAAAGCGAAAAUUCAUAAAUAAAUUGUUUAGGUUUAAAACAAUAUUAAAUAUAUUAUACAGAUAUAUACAUAUAUACAUUAUAAAGAUAAUGCCAAGGCAUAAUUAAAACCAUAACGAUUAAUUAAUUAAAGAACGAAUGAACAUUUUUGCUGACAAACAAAAAACCAACAAAGGAAAACCAAAAGAGAAACAAACAAACAAAAACAAAUGAGACGUGUAAAAUGUUUGUAAACUCAAUUUAUUGUACGACUUGAAUGAAGGAGAGCGAAAUAUGAAUAUUGAAGUUCUUUAGUUUUUACUGAACAGCAGCAAAGAGCAGAGAGCAGAUUGUCCCAUCGUAAAAAUCUAUUUAGUUUAUAUAUAGUGAAUAUUUAUAUUAUAUAUACAUAUAUUAAAUGAACAAAUGGCAAGUAACAAACAAACCAACAAAAAAGAAAUAGCAAUUAGACGAACGUAAAAGGAAAGUGAAAAAUUAUAUAUAUAUACAAUACAUAUAUAUCAUAGCGCAAAGAAUAAUAUAUAUUUUAAUGAAGGAACAUCAACUGAUUAAGUGCAGCUCAACUAAGAGCACAAAAAAUGUUUUUAGUCUAAGUACCUACCUACCUAAAUGAAUUCAGCAAUUGCAUAAUAUACAAGAGAUAGACGAGAACGCUGAAAAUGCGCCAGGCCCAGAGAAGGGACAUAAGAUUCCACUUCUGCGGAGUCCGAUUUGUAUAAUUAUAUAUACGUGCAUAUUACGAGGAUAAUGCCCCAUGAUCAUCACAAAAAGAAAACUUAAACAAACGAAGCAUAUUUAACCACAAACAACCACACCCACACACACACACUAUACUACCUAUAAAUUUAGAAAUGAGAAAGAAGAAAAGAACGCAUAAAUAGCAAUAACAAUAAAGCAACAGCUACUUAAUAAUUUUAGCAAAAUGCAAAAAAAAAAAACAAAAAUAUGAAUAGCAAAAUAUUUGGUUUGCGUUUAUUUCUUUUUCCCCCACCCGUUUUUGCUUUUCAGUUGGUUAUUAUAUUUGACUUUUAAAUAUAUCUCGAGUGUGUUUCCUUUUUUGAACCCACCGCAUUGCUCUCCCCCCUCUUCCUUUUCCCCCCUCCUCAGAUUUGUAAUUCAGGGCACCAUAUAUACAUAUAUAUUUUAUACAGAAAACCAAUCGCCAUUGCUGCACUCGCCGUCGUCGAACCCACAUUCACCGCACUCCCAGUCGCAUCCACAAGCCCCAUGCUGGAGUAUCGAGGAUCUGAGGGACACUUUGCCGAGGGUAUAGCUUCCGAUUGAUGGAUUAACGGCGGGCUUAGCAGCAGAGGCUGGACCAGUACUAUCACAUUUCAUAGAGGGCGCUGCGGCGGAGAAGGCACACAGAACUCAGAAUGGAAGACGCAGUUGUUCAGUAAAAAUCAGAAUCGGGAAAUAUGAAAGAGAAGUGGGAGGGAACGGGGACUGGAACUGGGACUGGGAUUGGAGAUCCUUUCGUGGAGCAAAGGACAUGAAGCCGAAGCGAAAAGAUAAGAUGUGUGAUCCUGGCGACAAAAACCCCGUUUUGUUUUUAGUUUUUUGUUUGUUACUUUCGAAUUUUACCCCACCAAUGCCACCACCACCAUCAUCGCCACCAUCGCCACCAUCGCCACCAACGCCACCAUUGCCACCACCCUGAAUACCUUCACGCUUGCCACCACCCCAUUGGGGAGCUCACUUCUCGUUCCUGAGUUAAUAUUGUUUAUAGUUUUGUCGUUGUUUUGUUAUCUAAAGUUUUUUGUUUCCGGGCAUCGAAGGGUGGUGAGCGAGUGAGCAAAAGAAAAAAAAAAGAGCGAAGGGGAGUGCAGGAAAGGGCGGCAAUAUUAGCAAGCGGAAUGAACAUCAUCUCAACGUCGUUUCCCAUCACAUGUGAAUCCACACAGCCAAAACCCGAAUCGAACCGAAGCAUAUCCAAAACUUCUUCAAAAUCGGGCACCCCCGUGGGAAAGACCCCAGUUAAUACCGCAACAUCAUCACCAACCGCAAGAAUCCGCUAUACCAUCAGCAGCUAUAUUAUCGCCCGAUCCGAGCUCAUGGCCCUAAAGCAAGCGUUUUGACCAUUGGACCAGCGCUACAUUAGCAUUGCAAAAUGUUUUGGGCUCUGUUUAGAUCAUUAGAUCAGUUUAUUUUUUUCCAAAUUUAACCAGUUCAUCGUUAAGGCUUAGCUUUCUUCUUUUCAUCUCGACUUUUCGAACCCAAUGUAUUAUCCAAAUUUGUUCUAGGUUUCUGUGUGUGAUGUAUUGAUUCCAAAUUAUUAUUGAAGUAUUAAUGUUCCGAUUUAGAUUCAGCUUGUCGUAUGUCAUUCCUUAAAGAAAAUAAAAAAGGAGCCCAAAACAAAAAAGAAACUUUGUUUAUUUUUUAUCGUUUUUAUAUUUAGUUUUUCCAUCUUUGGUUCCUCCUCAUUAUUAUGUGUAGCAUAAUUUUUAGGUGCUGCGAAAUACAAAAAAGCAACGAAUCUUUCAGUAGCAUGGCAGUCUAAAGCAAAAGCUAAUCGUUAGGCAGAUAAAAAAAUGAUAAAAUAGUUGAAUUAAACGGUUGUGUCAAAUUAGCUCUAAUCUCAAAGUGGAAACCCAAAAAGAAAACGAGGAAAGGCGGAAAUUUAUUAGGACUAAACUUGUCUAAACUCUAAAUGUAGUUCAAUUACGAUUGAUUUGCUAAGCUCGCUCGUCUUUGAAUCCUAUCUCUCACUACCGUGUGUAAACUUUAAUCUUCCCGAAUGCGAUCAACCAAAGUAAUAAUAAUAAUAAUAAUAAUCUAUAUACGAGGCAUACAAACACAUACACUUAGGCGAUGGUUAGUAUAUGCGAAAAUAUAUACAUAUAUAUAGAAAUGUACAAGAACAAUAUCUCGAUGGCGUCUCAACACAAAUAUAAUACGGUAAUCAGAUACCACGUUAUAAUAUUUAUAAAAGGGCCGAUAAGAAAAACAAAAAAAGGGGAAAGCCGAACAUUUUUACAUAAGAAAAUGCAUUUUUUAACAAACGUCUACGUGUGAAUUGAAUAAACCUUAUAUGUGUAUACACGCAUAUAUUAUAUACAUUUUAUUAAAUAUAUAUAUAUAUAUAUGUAUAUAUAUAUAUAUGCAUAUGUCAAGCCGAGCAUCAAUUUUUUAUAACAAGAAGCGGCCCGAGGAAGCGAAAGAAACAACCGAUUCAGGAGAGCAGCUGAAAUCAACUGCCCAGUGGGCUUUCGUGCCUCGAGGCUUCACUGUGCUCCGUGUGUGCGCGUUAAAACGUUUUUUGAAGUAAAAUUUAAUUUACACAAGACUGACGCUAAAAAAUAACUAAGAAUAUUAAAAGUGUACUAACCGUUUACGAAUUUUUCAAAUGCCACACACGGAGUAAGUGAAGGUCAAAGGUCAAGGAGCCCACGCAGGAUGCAGGACACAGGAUGCAGGACGAAGGAUGGAGGGCUUGUUGGGGGGCAACGCUUUGUAUAUGGUUAUAUUAUAUUGUACUUAAAAAUGGAAAACCUGAGAUAUAUAUUAUAUAUAUUUAUAUUUACAAUAAAGAAAAACCAAGCGUAAAACUAAAGCGAAAAAUACAAAGGCAUAAUUUAUGAACAAUUAAAUGAAGCGAAAUGAAAUUAAUGGUAAAUAACAAAAUAUACAGUGUUAUUUUUAUUUUUAUGAUAUUGUACCUACAUUAGUAACUAACAAAGUAACGGCGCAGCAAUAAUAACUAAAUUAAUUAGCAAACAGAACUAGGCAAAAAUACCCCACAAGAAAAUGUGAUGAAUAUUGUAGAGAACAAAUUGAAAUUGAAAGUCCCAUUAUAUCCGGAAGACACGAUAUCUGAGUUUCGGUUGAUCAUUAUUUGGCAGAGCAAUUGAAUCGCUAGACGAGAGAUGAUCGAUCUCCCUGAAUCGGACGAGCCUAUGAAUACAAUAAACGUGCAACGAACUCUUUUAGAUUUAUCGAGGAUUUACCUUAACGACACAUAGGUGCAUUACGUAGUUCUCGAACCGAGGUGUUUGGAUUAUUAUUGUUGUAUUUAGUAGCCAUCAUUACAACCCGCAUAUUACCAAAUUUGUUUUGGGUCAUUGUUGUCAGCAAAAGUAUCUUUUUAAAUUUACGAUUUCUAACAUAUACAGAGCAAUUUCUAGAGCGAGAUCUCGAUGUAGAGGCAAAACAUGGCAAAUGGUGAAAAGCAAAACGACAACAAGAGCAAAACAAAUCGGUUUUUCUAUCAAUGUUGAAUGGCGAAUGUGUAGGAAAUAUUUAACCAUAUAUACAACAAAUAUAAAUUGUAGCUAAAAUGGUUUCAUGUAAACGAAAUUGUUGAGUAUUUUUAGUCACGAAUACGAAUGAGAAUCGAAGUAAACACAAACACCCCAAAAAAGACCGACAUACAGACGAAUUGAAGAAUUUACAAUAAAAUUGUGCAAUUUUUACGCAGAUCCCCUGGAUUCUUUUCUGAUUUAAUAGUCCACCUUGUUUCCACAGAUAUUUGCACAGAAUUUCGUUUAUUGCCUUCUGCUGACAAACUGUCCAUUUAGCCUCUUCCACUCGUUUAAUUUAUACCUAGAAAGCCGAAAUUCUGUUGCAGAAUAUAUAGAGAUUAACAUUAAAAUUAAUUCAAAGUGCAAGUUGCACAUUGUGAGAAUCUGUGCUGAAGCCGAUGCAUGAUAAAUAAAUACACUUGUGUGAAAGGAUAACGAUGCCGCGAUACAGAUACCGAUACACCUAUGUUAAGCCAAUUAAAGCGCCCAAUGAAUGUGCUAUAAAGCGAAAGAUAGGAUUACCAGAAAAAUACAUAGCAAUGAUUAGCUGAAAAGUAAUGAAAAUAUUAGACAAAUUAUACUUUUAGCUAAAAUCAAGUGGAACUAUGAAAUUGUAUCCAAAUUCUUCCGUAAAAGAAAACACAUUUCUAGUAAACAAUUUACCAUACAUAAGAGUCUAAUAUACGAGUACAUAUACUAUACUGAGCAGCAUAAAAGUAGAGUCAAGGAUAUACGUAAAUCAGACGACACAAAUAUAGAUACGCCCGGAAUCCAGAAAAAUUACAGAUCAAGCCCACUAAGGAAAUGAUAUCAGCAUGGAAAAGUGAGAUUUGAGAUGGCAUAUAGGGCAUAGAUGGAGUAUGGAUUAGGAUUAGCGAUAGCAAAGGGUCCGAUUAUAUAGAGAAAAAUCCAACUGAUCUCUACUGUGUUCUGUGCUUUAGAGAGGACAUACGAAAAUAAGCAAAGUAAAUUUAACUUGAAAAACCAAAGUAUUACCAUUUUGAGCUGCAAUAUUUUUUAAUCAAAAACCCAAAUGAAAGAUGGAUUUAAUAAUAGUAAAAUACAAAGAUAAUAAUUAAUACAUAUUUUUCUCUUUUGAGAUAAACCAAACGGAAACUGUUUUCACGUGAAUUGAGUUAGGCAACAAAUAAACGAGGUCAUAAAAUAACAUAACAUAUUUCAAAGAAAGUAUCAAAACCAAAGCUAGCUAAGAAAAUGCACAAAGUUUUGUGUGUAUUUUUUCGGUUUUUAUUCAUGUGUGUAAAUCUUCCGUGUGCAACAAAAAAACAGAAAAUAAAUAUGAAACAAGAAGCAAACCAGAACUACACUACACUACAAAAGCAAAGCCAGACACUAAGCCCAACUGAAAUUGUCAAAUAUAAAUUAAUAUAUAUGAGGUCUAUAUGAGUAUAUAUUUAGAUAACAAUUAUAUUAUAUAUAUACAUAUAUAUAUUAUAUACAUACUGUGUGCAAAUUAUUCAGAUCCAUCAAAAUACGAUGCGGAAAAGUCUCUAUAUAUAUUUAGUAAAAUUAAAACGAAUGCGAAUGAAAAAUGAAUAUGUAGUACAACGGCAAGCGAAAUAAAAA